AUGCUGCCAGUUCUGUCGAUGAGAGUACCUUAUCUAAAUCCAUCGCUAAAUCGCACUUCAAUGAAAUCCAUCAGAUCAGUUAUGUGGAAACCAAGAUAUUUCGAUAUUGGAGUCAAUUUUUCUGACCUGAUGUUCCAAGGCUACUAUAAUCAUUCUAAUACUGCAAAGCAUCCCCCUGAUUUAGAAGAAGUUAUCUUAAGAGCACAUACAUUUAAUGUAGAUAAAAUGCUUAUCACUACUUCAAGCAUCAAAGAAAGCUCCCAACAUUUGGGAUUAUGUGAUAAAUAUCCCGGGUUCUAUUCAACUGUUGGUGUUCAUCCUUGCACAGUUGCCGAAGAAUUCUAUGUAAAGAGUGACGAAGGCUAUUCUGAAGAAUUGGCUGAUGAUGCUGAAGAGAAAUUGAAAAUCUUACAUGAUAUAGUUGUUGAUGGAGUUGGAAAAGGAAUUGUUAAGGCUUUUGGGGAAAUAGGUCUUGACUACGAUAGGCUACACUAUUCUUCUAAGACUCAACAAACAACAAUGUUUAAAAAACAACUUGAAGUCAUUGCAUCAUUGAAACAUUUGGAAUUGCCUUUGUUCUUACAUAUGAGAAAUGCUUGUGACGAUUUCAUAGACAUUUUAACUCCAUUCAUUGAAGACGGAUCCAUUAAGAGAGGAAAUGGUGUAGUUCAUUCGUUUACUGGGACAGAGAAAGAAUUGGAAAAAUUGUUAGAUCUCGGAUUUUUCAUAGGUGUUAACGGAUGCUCUUUGAAGACUGAUGAGAAUUUACUAGUAGCAAAGAAGAUCCCAAUGGACAAACUUAUGAUUGAAACUGAUGCUCCAUGGUGUGAGAUUAGAAAAUCCCAUGCCAGUCACAAGUUCCUUACCCCCUACCCUAAUAAAUUUUACCCCGAGAUCAUAGAGCCUAAGGUUGAAAGUUCAGAAGAGGAUCCUACCCCUGAAUUCAAACCAAAAUCUAAGAAACAACAACAGAAAAACAACCCCAUAAAGCUUGACGACUUCAUUCCAUUCCCUUCAAUCAAGAAAGAAAAUUAUCAAAAACAUAAGGUUGCCGUAGAGUCAAUUUCUCAACCUGUCAUUUCCAAAAUAGGUAUUUUAGCUCCGCCCUUGAUAAAAUCAAGAAACGAACCAGUGUUCGUAGGUUUGGUUGCUGAAAUAGUAUGUAAACUUCACAAUUUAGGCGAUAAAGAGAUAGAGGAAACAUUAGAUUUGAUAUAUCAUAAUUCAUGUAAAUUAUUAAAAGUCUAA